AUGGGGUUUCUCGACGGUUUCAAACUGUUUGUGCAUUCGCUCACCACCGAGGACCACUACGCGCUGUUUUCCAGUCCGUACAAGUCGCUGGGGGUGGUGCUGGGGGGUUCUAACGUCGUUGGCGCCCGUAACGCGCUGGCCACCCGUCUCCACGAGCUUAAUAACGGGCUGUCGGUGCUGUUGGUCCCUGAGGGAAGUCGCCAAAGCUCGCGUACCAAUAUUGUCGGCUACCGCCCCGGCCUCCGGCUGGCGAUGAGUCUGAACACCGAUUUGCAAAUGUCGACGCUCAAUCGUGACGGCCGGCCGCCCUUACCUCUGAUUGACUCGUUGUGGGAUCGUAUUGAGAAGUGGAUGGAUGACGAAUACCCUGAACUUGAAGACUGUCUUGAAGACGGUGUCACCACCGCCGAUUUGAACGAAUUUGAAAAUGAUCUCGGCUGCGGCCAGUUGCCCGCUGAAUUCCGUCAGUUCUAUAAACGUCACGACGGGCAAAUGCGUGGCGGUAAGCCCACGGGGCUCAUGUUUGGCCUCACUUUGAUGGAUUUGGAGCUGAUCCAUGAAGAACACCUGAUGUGGUGCAAGGUCGCCGAACGCUUGGAACGUCAGCAGUACCUCCAACUGCAGCGGAAGAUGGCGCCUCUGGAAGGGUCGCUGAAGGCUCUCUCGCUGUCAUUUGUCGCUAACCAGCGGCUGGUACCUCCUAACUCCAUCCAACCAUACUACUACCAUCGCGGAUGGAUCCCCCUUUUCAAAGAUUAUUAUGGUAACCAGAUCGCAUUGGACUUGGCUCCUGGCACGCAAGGUCAAUGGGGUCAGAUCAUCUUAUUCGGCCGUGAUUUCGACACCAAGUUGGUGGUGACGUCAUCAUUCCAAGAAUUCAUCUUCAUGUACGUGGAGGAUCUUGAAAACGGCAACUAUCGCAUCGACACCGAGGAAAUGAAGGAAGAGCUCGGGUUCUUGAGUUCUCUGCGUGAUGACGAUUACGGGGUUGGUGACGAGGAUGAAGACGAUGGGAAGUUAUCAUUCUGGGACCGCGAUGGUGCCGAAUUUGGUAAGGGCGAACUUAAGGGUGAAGUGCUGUACAUCGAGGUGUUGAAGCGACGCUCUCUCAGAAAGUAUGGUCUUGACGAGACUUACAACACCGCCUACGUGGCGCCGCUGAUCAAGCUGAAAAAGCCCAGUCUGACCAGUACCCCGAAGGCUCUGUCACCGAUAAUAGAGGAAACUUUGGUCGGUAACUUGCCCAAGGAAACUUUGAUCGGUGGGUCGAACCCUGCCGCCACUAAGGCUGGCGUCACUAAUGAAGAUGUUGCUCCGGUAAAGGUUCCUGAUACCCCUGAUGCGGUGGCGAAGCAAUUGGCUGAUUUCACCAUGGAACCUAAGGUGAAUGGUGUGGCGAAGAAGACCGAAGAUAAGGCUGACGUUAAGGAGCCUACUAAGGUGGAAGCCAAGGAAGAAACUAAGAAGGCUGAGACCAAGGCUGAGAUCAAGGCUGAGACCAAGGCUGAGACUAAGGCUGAGACCAAGGCUGAGACCAAGGCUGAGACCAAGGCUGAGACUAAGGCUGAGACUAAGGUUGAAACUAAGACCGAAGCUAAGGAUGAAGCUAAGGACGAAGCUAAGGACGAAGCUAAGGACGAAGCCAAGGCUGAAACUAAGGACGAGGCCAAGACUGAAGUCAAGGAAGAAGCCAAGAAGGAAGAAACUGUGAAGGAAGAGGCCAAGGCCGAGCCCAAGGCCGAAGCUAAGGCUGACGAGACCACGGAAUCUAAGGUGGAAACCAACAAGGAAGCCCCGGUGGCGGAAAAGGAGGCGGACAAACCCGCCGACGACGACGAAAUGAAGGAUGUUGAAUUGUAA